AGCAGGUCGGAAUGAGUGGCGGAGGGACGGAGACCCCUGUGGGUCGUGAGACCGCCACGGGCGGCGGCAGCAGCGGCAAGAAGAGGGACUCGUUGGGGACUGCGGGCUCAGCACAUCUCAUUAUUAAGGAUCUUGGAGAAAUUCAUUCAAGGCUUUUGGAUCACAGACCAGUUAUUCAAGGUGAAACUCGUUACUUUGUAAAAGAAUUUGAAGAAAAACGUAAUCUGCGAGAAUUGCGGGUUCUUGAAAACUUGAAGAACAUGAUCCAUGAAACAAAGGAACAUACUCUUCCCAAAUGCAGAGAGACAAUGAAGGACAACUUGGAGGAAGUUCUCCAGAGACUGCAAGCUGCUAAUGAAGCUGUGUGUAGACUCCAACAGAGGGAGCAGGAACGGAAAAAGAUGUAUCAUGACCAUUUAGUAAGUAGUGAGAAACGGCAUCUACUUCAAUGGGAGGAUUUCAUGAAAGAACAACCUCACAGACAGGUGCAGGUGGAUGAAGAACACAGAAGAGCAAUGGAGAGGCUGGAAGAGCAAUAUGCCGAGAUGGAGAAGGACCUUACAAAGUUUUCCACCUUCUAAGGACUUGACCUACAGCAAGUGAGAAGACAUUGACUUUCCCUCAAAAGACACCACCAGCCAUCUUCCCUCUGCUUAUGCUUAGCAAUAUGUUCCGUGACACUCUGCUAUCAGGAGAGAAACUUCCACGGGAGCUCAGUCAGAUGUGCAAGGGAAGAAGAGUGCUACACGGUCCCUGUUUUAAGUGCCUAUAUAUUAUCAUCCAGAAGCAAAGGGAAAAAUAGGAUAGAUUCACUCUAUGGUCAUCAGAAUGGGCUUUUUCCAAUGAUUAGUUGGAGAACUGCAAGUCUAGACUUCUUAGAUAAUUCAUUCUCACACAGGGUUACAGGGUUAAUAUUAGUUUGUGGCUUAAAAGGCUGGUAUGAACUAUAUGCUGGUGGCUCAUACCUGUCAUCCUAGCCACUCAAAUGGUUGAAAUCUAAAAAUCAAGGUUCAUAGCCAGCUGGAGCAGAGAAGUCUGAGACUCUUAUCUCCAAAUAACUGGCAGAAAGCC